AUGAGGAGAAAGAGGAUGCAUGACGGUGAGUAUGUGUAUAUUUGGACCGUCACGUUUUCGAAUUGGCCAAAUUAUGGGCUUAGCCCAGAUCGUGAAGCAGCCCACUCUAAGACCUUCAUAGGCAUCAACGCCAUCAACCGCCGCUUCUGGGUCUGUGCUAUGAUGGAGGACGUGUCCAAGAAUGGGGUUUUAGCGGUGCAGACACUGAGAAACAACAUAAUGGCAUCAACCGUUUUGGCAUCCAUGGCCAUCACACUCUGCUCUGUCAUAGCCUUACUGAUGGGAAGUGCUGGUGGCAGUCGCUCAACUGGCCUCAUCUAUGCAGUCCGCAGCACUGAGCUUGGAUUCUCCAUAAAACUCUUCUCUAUCCUG